AGGUAUCAACGCGCUCUCUUUGCAUGAGCAUUUCUGUGUAACUUCAGUUUCUACGUCUUCACGUCACCCGUCUGCAACGAUGCCGUCUCCGAAAUGCUUUGUUUCGCUGUCCAAGCCACCAGCGAAGAAGCGGCCAUUUGUCAAUAUCUUUAAUCACCAGGUCGACCUCAUCCUCCCCACCGACAUUUACGACAUCAUCUCCAAAUCGCUGCACUCAUGUCCGUCCCUUACGGCUCCGCCGACGUACCACCGGCUCGUAAUGCCUCUCGGCGCGAUCCUGGAACCUGAUUUCUUCAACACUUAUAUCAAGUCUGGCAACAUCCUCCUCCUCUCUCACGGGCGUCUCGACGUCGACAACAUCUUCACCCUCUCCGAUGGCGUGCUACGCAUGUCACUCGACACCGAGGCCUACGAGCGCGCCGGCCUGCAAGGACAGCCCUCAAAGUUCGGGAAUGGGCCUGGCGUUAUGAAGCGGCGGCGUUUUGUGGUGGAGCUGAACCUCCGCUCGCCCAGCUACCUUACCAACUCCAAACAAUUCAACCGUCUCAAGCGAGCCUGCGACGCCGUCUUCUCUUCGCCGCAGCCCUUCCUCUUCGCCGACCUCUUCUCCCCCGCUCCGGCCUCAAUCCCGAGUGUGGUGCAGCAAUUUCCCGCUCGCACCGCAACGCCCGAAGUCUCCGCCCUCGCAGACAUCAGCAUCCCCACCUUCGUCGCGCCGCCUGGCAGCACCCCCCACGGCGGCGGGAAGUCGGCAGAGGCAAACUACCACCGCGAGGUAUGGCGCGACUGGGCGAUGGAGGUGUACGAGUACCUCUCGCUUGUUCUCCUGGGCGCGGACCGGCUGCGUGCGGACGACAGCGUGGAUCCGUAUCUAUCCACGUAUGCGGUUGAGAAUGCGGCUGUGGGGAGUGUGACGAGGGUUAGGCUCAGAGGAUUGGUCUCGGCGAAGUGGGUGGAGGAGCUUUGGGCGACUGUUGAAGGGCUGUUCGAGGGGAGGGAGGAGUGGGUGGGCAUGGUGGUGCAUGGGUUCGAUGAUGUCCCGUUUGGGCCCAUUGGGAAGCAGAGGGGCGGGCUGGAGGCGUGUGGAAGUGCGUAUACCGUUCUCAAGCUGCCUGGUGAUGGCGGAGUGAUGGUGUGGGAUAUUGCCGGGGGACAGAGUGAGUGAUGAAGAGAGUUACAUAGAGAAUACUUUGGGUUCAUUGCUGCA